CUUUAAUUGAAUUGGAUAUAUCACAUCAUCAUCACAUCAGUGCCUCCGUUUUAGUUAUGGAUUGAAUUUCUUCAUCUUCCUUAAGUUUGGUUUUAAUUUUGGUUUGUUCACGUGGUCUCAUUAAAUUCUGGUAUGUGUCUUACAUGGGUUGGGGCUUAGCUGUGGUAGUUGUCCUUCCCUGAACAGAUUCUGUAAAACAAGUGGUUAAGAAAUUUCAAGAUUUUUUUUUUUGUAAUUUCAUUUAUUGCAGCUCAGAAGCUUCAAGUUGGUGUCUUGCAGAUUUUGUACUGGCCAUUUAAUGAUGACUUUCUAGGCAUUUCUUAUUUUAGUUAACAAUAGUUGGGCCACAGUGGAGAGAAAAGUUUUCUGGCAAAUAACGUGACAAGUGCGAUUUUUCUUCUGCUUUGUACACUUACAAUUCAGGUGGUAAAUUCAGUGAAAAGUGGUACUUUUCUUCUGCUUUGUACGCUUACAAUUCAGAGAUACAUUGAUGGCGAAAAAGAGACAUAUUGUGCAGUAUAGGGAGAGGUUGGACAGGACCCUUGCUUCCCCUGAUCUCACAAAUGGCGAGAUGCUCAAAACGCUUGUCAAAAGUCAACUACUACGUUCUUCACAAUUUGAAAUUGAAGGUUAUGAAGAUAAAUUUGUAGAAACCAAAACUGCAGAGAUAACAAACUUUCUUGAUAUGAUAAGUGCUUCUGUAGAUAAUAGUGGAGGAUCUAGUAUAUCACACACUGAUUGGAAGUUAAAACAGGAUAAUGAAGAUUACCGUGUUAUGUAUCGUGAAGGACCAGAGGGAACUCCCUUUCAUACAUUGAUGGUUGAAGGCUAUAUAGAUGGGCCUGUUGAUGUUUGUUUAUGCCUCUCAUGGGAGGCACCCCUUUACAAGAAAUGGUGGCCUCAGUUUACUGUUCCGCCUUUCAAAGUUUUAGCAGCUGAUUGUUUGCAAAAGGUCCAGAUUGGGGAACAGAUCUCACUAGUAAGGAUGAAGGUUCCGUGGCCGCUGUCAAAGAGGGAGGCUAUAGUGCACUAUUAUCUGGUUGAGUACUUUCAAGAAGACUUGACAAUUGUUCUCAUAAAAUCGGUCUCUGAGUCAGAGAGCAUGGAUGGGGCCAUUGAUGGUAUCAACAGAGAUGCAAUUCCUGAAGCAAAGGAUGUUGUUAGAAUUGACUUUGUGGGAGGUUAUGUUUUGCAAAAGGUGACCUCAGAAAGAAGUUACUUUCGGACAAUGGCAAAUUUGGAUAUAAAGCUGGACUUUGUACCUCCAACCCUUAUAAAUUUCAUUUCAAGGCAACUCAUCGGAAGCGGUUUCAGACUUUAUCAGAAGGCUGUGUCCUCUAUGAUGAACAAUGAUAAAGAAAUCAUCAAGACCUUGGGUGACUCAUUGUAUGUUGGAAUUCGAGAAGCUCUUUACAACACUAGUGGAUCAAAUGCUAUGGAUGGGGAAGAGCUUAACAUAGUUUCUAGCAUUCUUCCUGCUGAAGAACAUGCUCAAAGCAAGCAAGAUGGGACAAAACAUGUAUCUUGGGAGGAUAGAGGCAACCAAUCUACGAGUAAUUGCAAUGGUGAGAUUUUAGAGGCAGGUAAUGGAGAGAUUGUAGAAGAAGAUAGUGAAGAGAUUGUACAAAUUGCGGAGGAUGUCAACAAAGUAUUGAAGGGCAAGAGGAAUGAUAAGAUUGUAGAUGCAGAUAAUGAAGAGAUUUCAGAAGCAGAGAAUGAAGAGAUUGUACAGAUUGAAGAGGUUGUCAAGAAAGUACAUGACAUCACCAUUGAGGAAGAUAGUGCCAUGAAUUUUCUGAAGAGAAAGAAGAAUGUAAGCAUAAACUCAGAUGUAAAAAAGGCUCUAGAAACUCUAGAGAAGGCCAUUUCAAUGGUUCGCGAAUAUGGUUUUCAUCCUCGCAGGCCUUCUUUUAGAUUCGGGAAUGAAGAGAGAAAAGAUAGCACAGUUGAAUCAUAUACUGCAAAACCUUCUCAGCUAUCUUCAAAGGUUAGUGUUGAAGUAUCAAGCAGCAAUACACUGAAUGAAACUUUAGAAGAACCUGUGACUAACUCUGAAAUCCAAAACAUCAGGCACACAGGAACAAAUCCUAAUUUAAAGGAAGUUAACCAUAACAAGGUUGUACCAGCUGCUUCACCAGAGCAGAAUCUCCAAAGACUAUUUGAAGAAAGCCGGGCUGAUUCAUUUUCUAUGAAAAAUGAGGCAACACUGAACCAGACAACAAGUGGUAGCAACCAAUUAGACAUUGAUGCAAUCCAAGAUAUGUCUUUAGAUGACAAAAAAAAGUCAAGCAGGAAGAAAAAUUAUAUAUACUGUUGUUUUCUACGUUAGGCCAGUAACAGAAGAACAUUAUGUAUUUUGAUGCCUUAAAGAGUUAAUUUGAUGUUUUAGAGCAAUGUAAGUAUGUGAAGGAGGUGUUAAGGGGUUAUAGGUAUAAGUAUGGGAAAUUUUGAAAUAAAAAAAAUAAACAAGAACAAUUAAAUUUCCAUUAUUUAUAAAUUUUGGUUCCUCUUCUCUAUCU